AUGAAUGAUCAAAAAAAUAAUAUUUUUGCUUCGACCCGUUCUACUUACACGUCUGAUAUUGACACUUCUGGCGGAAAUGCUUCGACUACCGAUUUAAAUAAUAUUAAUAAUGAUCCUUUUGUAAUUUUAACUCGUUCUCAAUUUUUACUUUCGCCUCAACCUGAAUUUUCACAUUCUCAAUUUUUACACGGACAACAUUUAUUUGUUGAAACACAACAGCCUCAACCUUUUUUUACGCUAAAUCCUCAUCCAAGCCAUCAUCAGAAUGAGCCCAUUACUCCUCAACAAAAUAAUCAAGCUAAUACAAUUAAUAGUAACAUGAUGAGCCAUUAUGAUCACCAUCCAAAUGGACUUCUUAUUAAUCCUCAAUCAAGUGAUCAAACACAAUUUGGUACGUAUAAUCACAACAACAACAAUAAUAAUACACUAGGUGGAAGCAUUGGUCAUGAGGUUCUAAGUUUAAACGACAUUAGUAUGAACCUUUCAGGGAUUUUGAAUGAAUAA